ACUGAGCCGCCGCCCAGGACUCAGCAGCCUCCCCCUUGAGCCCCCUCGCUUCCCGACGCUCCGUCCCCCCCCCUGCCUUCUCCAGCCGCCGCCUUCCGCAGGCCGUUUCCACCGAGGAAAAGGAAUCGUAUCGUAUGUCCGCUAUCCAGAACCUCCACUCUUUCGACCCCUUUGCUGAUGCAAGUAAGGGUGAUGAUCUGCUUCCUGCUGGCACUGAGGAUUAUAUCCAUAUAAGAAUUCAACAGAGGAACGGCAGGAAGACCCUUACUACUGUCCAAGGGAUCGCUGAUGAUUACGAUAAAAAGAAACUAGUGAAGGCGUUUGAGAAGAAAUUUGCCUGCAAUGGUACUGUAAUUGAGCAUCCAGAAUAUGGAGAAGUAAUUCAGCUACAGGGUGACCAGCGCAAGAACAUAUGCCAGUUCCGUGUAGAGAUUGGACUGGCUAAGGACGAUCAGCUGAAGCUUCAUGGGUUUUAAGUGCUUCUGGCUCACUGAAGCUUAAGUGAGGAUUUCCUUGCAAUGAGUAGAAUUUUCCUUCUGUCCCUUGUCACAAGUUUAAAAACCUCACAGUCUGUGUAAUGUAACCAUUUGGGGUCUGCUUUUAACUUGGACUAGUGAAACUCCUUCAUGCAAUAAACUGAAAAGAGCCAUGCUGUCUAGUCUUGAAGUCCCUCAUUUAAACAGAGGUCAAGCAGUAGGCACCUGGCAGUGUCCAGCCUGAAACAAAGCAAUAACAGUGAUGUUUCAGCCAAGUCCAGAGCCCCAAGAUCACAGACGGCUAUGUCUGGCCUGAAGCUCCUCAGCAAUCCCUCUACACAGUUCCCUGCCCUAAGAGAAUGUCGCCACCUGAACAGCCCUCGGUGAAGCUGAGAGUGGAGGAUGGGGUGAGGCAGCGACGGCAGCUGUACUGCUAGAGGGAGUCUUUGAUCAUCAGGGGAAAGAUCCCCUGGUAUCUCCAACGUGACCAGGUGGGCAGAGCUUAGAGCAGCCACCUUCAUUCUGUUGAGGUGAGAGGACAUCUGGCCUGC